UAUAAUUUUAAAAUUUUCGGACGAAAAAUCGGAAAUUUUACACUUCUAACCGAAAACAUUCGGGGGGCAGGUGCACCCCCGGGUUUCUUCUAACCUCCGUCCCUGGGCAUGCUGAUUAUCCUCACAAGCUUUCGCCCAACCAUGGAAAUCUUGAAAUAAUUUCCAAUGUUUUUCUUUCAAUGCAGAAUGGUGUCAUUUUGCACAAUUCACAAUAGCUUUGGUGAAUAAAGACCCCAAGAAAUCAAAAUAUUCUGACACGUUACAUCGUUUCUGGAAGAAGGAGCACGAUUGGGGGUGGAAAAAAUAUAUGGAGUUAUCGAGAUUGUCGGAUGGAUAUGCUGAUUAUGACACCCUCGUUAUAAAAGCGCAAGUCCAAGUUAUCAGCUUCUGUAGAUUCUGGUCGGGCAUCGAUCAAAAAUCGCGGGACAACAUGUCAAGGGAGAAAUCGGAUUCAAUAUUACCAAAAGUUGUAAAGCAUUUCUUUAUAGAAAAAGAGGUGACUUCAACUUUGAUGAUGGAGUCCUUAUGCAUGGGACUAACAGCCCUUAAAGAACCAUCAAUGCCCAUUGUCCGUAUGGAAGAAGGCUCGUUCGUUCUGGUUGAUGAUUUAUUGCUAUUGCUUGAGAGGGAAGCCAUUGAACCAUUGACUCCAAAGGAUGGCUACUCGGGUGAGUUUUCUAUCGAGAAUGUUGAAAAAUGCCUCACUAAAUUGGGACGUCGAACCAUUGAAAUAUAUGUUUUAGCGCAUAUACUCAGUAAAACAGAAGUUGCAUACCAGGAGACUGUUCCAUAUGCUUUGAAUUUGCAAGAAGAGGUCAUACAGGAGCAGGAUUGAAAGGAAGGAAGCUUAGCUAUAAUUCAUAUAACUGAAAUGAUUUUAUGAUGCAAUUAAUCUUCUAUGGAUAAUGGAUAUGGUAUGCUGAUGCCUUACAUUGUAUGUUGAUACAUACUAUAGUUACGAUAAUAAUCUAUAUAUACAUACUCGCCAAAAUAUUAAGAGUAUGUGUUAGGGGUCGUGAGCGAUGGCCACAUCAGCAGCAAGGGGCGAGAGAGGGGCACGAAAAGGGCCCUGCCCAAGGAGGUUGGGGCUAACCGCGCGCAUGGGCUUGAUUUUUUGUAAGUAUCUAAUCUAAUCUAACUUAUA